CAACAUGGUGGACAAGGAUUGUUUUCUUCAGAAAAUAGUGUGAAAAACCUAUUUUACAACCAUGUAAAGAAACUAAAAGUUGUGUUUAUCUAUCAAAAAUAAACUCCUAAACAUAAACAUGGCGGCUGCUAAAGCUAUGAGCAGGCCCACGACCCUAAAUGGGCACCAAAAUAACGGAAUUCUGUUGGAUACUCUUCAACUUGUUGCCCCAAGAAAAGAGCUGCAAGUUCCGAAUCAUUUGUUGGAAACAAAAAUUUACUCCAAGGUAGCUCAGAAUUCUGUGGUGCAAGCAAGACCAGCUGUCAUUCAUUUUGGAGGCUUUGAACUUGGUAAAACCUUGAAACAGACCUUAUGGCUUGGAAAUGUCUCAACAGAGGUCCAGCGCUACCACAUAAUACCUCCACAAUCAAAAUACUUCAGCAUCAAAUACACUAAAAAUGAUCGGUUAGUCCCUGGUCUGACGUUGGAUUGCGUUAUAGAAUUCACUCCUGAUGAAUGGCGUUACUACUAUGAUUGUCUCCGUAUCCACUGCAAGGGGGAGGAUAACCUGAUCAUCCCCAUCCAUGCCUAUCCCGUCAUGAACACAGCAGAUUUCCCGGACCAUGUCGAUUUUCCACCUGUCCCUGUUGGGCAAAAAAAAAGCACCUCCCUUCCAUUGCGGUGUAACUGCCCAAUUGACUUUGAAUACCAAGUGACUCUCUUACAACCCCACCCAGCAUUUAAAGUUAAACCUGUGGCAGGUGUGAUACCAGCCAAUGGUAGUGUGGACAUCAACGUUACAUUCUCCCCAGCUGAUUUUUCAACGUGUAAUCUAACGCUGCAAGUCAACAUCUCGCAGUUCAAUGCGAAGCCUCUGGUCUGCCGGAUAGUAGGAUAUUCUGCACCUGGACUCCUCAAGGAUCUUACUAUGAAGUCUUUCAUCCAAGACCCGAGAGUUCUUGAUCCAACAUGUAUAUCGCCAAUCGACCGCUGCCGGCGGAAAAAGAAGAGACAGGAAGAAGUACGUAAAUCAGUCCAAGAAGAGCCACAGGAAAUCGAAAGAAAUGGUAUAAAAUUUCCCGCAGAUUUGAAUACACCAUACGCUGUAGCCUGUGUUCUAAACCAGGAACCAGGAAAACUUCGAGCUAAAGAUUUGCGAGAAGCUGUCCUCACUAAACAAGAUUCUACACCAUCCACAAGACAAAUGAAGGAAGCUCUGUUCGAGCACCAAGUACGACAGAAUGUCUAUGAGGAGCGGCAGAAUCAGCUACGAUGGCAAGUGAAACUUGGAGAUGAACAGAUCAGUAUACAAGAGAAGGUCAAGGUUCUGGAUCAGAGAGUCCAAGCCACCAAGGACUAUAAGUACCGGCGAGGAGACCCUUUAGAAGAUGAAGAACUGGGUAGAACUUGCUCUGACUGCAUUUCCAGGCGAACAUUCAGAGAUCACAGUGAGAUUGGAAAAGAAGGCAUCCAGUUUGACCUCUACACCAAUGAUUCCUGGGCGGUCCGACAUAAAUCCCUCAGCAAGUUUGCGCAGGCGGGCAGGAAGGUGAUCAUUCGCAUGAGAGCAGACGACAAGAUCAAAUAUCUGAAGACCUUGGUCCAGGAUAUCGGCAAGAGGAAACAGUCAUUUCAUCACUCGCCUUCUAAACUUCUUCAAGAGAAAGAGGAACAGAAGGAAUGUGAAGUUGAUAAGUACAUGACGGCUGAUAAAAUCAAAUCCGUCACAUUCCCAACGUAUGUACCGCCAAAUGUCAAAGAUGAUAUGGCUCCAGAUGCUUUAGACAAGCUCCCCGUCGACCCCACUGUAGUCUUCGUUAAGAGGAAGGUACCCUACUUCAACCUGAAGGUCCCGCAGAACUACAAACUAAUGGGAUAUAAGUAUCAUAACAUACAGGAGUCAUCGAGUGGCUAUGUCCCACCUAAGCUGAGCCGGCCUCUCAGAACUGGAGCGGAGGAUGAAAUCAUCAGUCUGCCUGCUCAGGUGAAGCCACCCAUUGAAGGAGAGUCCCCUGAACCAAUCAACGAAGGUGACAUGAAGGUCGAAGAGGUCGAGACACCUCUCCCGUUGCUCACUCUUGCCCCACCAAAUGCGCUCUUCAAACCUAUCGAAUACCCAGCUCUGCAUAUCUUUAACCCUGCCCCUGGCCUGCAGGUGUUCCAGCCUCCUCUACCCUAUGCCGAGACUGACCCAGACUUCCAUCUGUGUCCUCUGCCACGCUACGUCACGUACGACAAGGAAACGAUACACACCGCGACACAGAAACGUUUCUUGGACCGCGAGGAUGUGAUCAGAGGAGUGAUGACUUGGAAGAAAUUCCCAUCACAGGGGCUGACAUCGUUGUCUCUCACGCCAACACUGACAAAUGUCUGGGUUCCAAGAUGGACUGAUCCCUUCAGUGGUGAGCUGACACCUGAAGAAGUGCCAGCGUUGUUUGAUGGCUUGCCAGACGAUGACAGAGAAAACAUCUUACAACUAGGGGCUGAGGAACCUAACACGGACGAGGUGCCCGUGAGUUUGACCCCAGCUAUGGUCAAUGCCCAAUUUGCCUUGAUAGACACUUCCACACCGACAGACGAGAAACCAAAAGAUGAUAUGUUUCCACAAGGCAAUAAGAUGCCCGCCACGAAUAUUCCAGUGGCUUCAACUGGUCCAGUUCCUAGGGAAAAACGUGAGCAAGAGUUAGACUAUUUUCUGAACAAGAAAUACAAUCGUCUCGGACAGAAAGUUCAACAGAAAGUUGAAAAUAUGGAUAUGCUGAAGACGAAUAAGGACCUUGUCUUGAAAUAAUCAACACUUAAAACAAUAUAUGCCCUUCAUUUACGUUCCAAGAAAAGUUAUACAGCCCAUUAUUUGUAAAGUGUGAUUUUGAGACUAGUCGUUAUGGUAUGUAUGGUGGUCUUAGAGUCUUAACCCUUGUUGCCACCAUGUUUCCCUGGCUGUGCUCAGUACCUCUCAUUGGCAAAUUUCUUUUGUUUAUCAUGUUAUAUUUUCUGUGAUGAUUUUUGAAAAAGUUCCGUCCAUUGUUGAUUUUCUUUACUGAAUUACAUUCUGUGCUAGUUUUGCGAAUGUCAACUGCUGGAUUUAUGCUGUUCUAAAAGUUCUGUAUUUUUUGUGUCAUUGUCUGCUUUCCAGGCUGUUGGUAGUCAAAGCUCACUGUGAGUUGUCCAAGUUCCACACUAUUGAGUAAAACAAUACUGUACUGCUGUAAUUUAUCCAUCCAUUGUAGAUUUUAGGAAGACACAGAUACUCUGUCAAGCAUAAACUUUGGCUGUUUGCUUCAGCUUGUUAAUUUCCAUGGCUUUGGACUAGCUAUCUGAGAAUUUCAGUCGAAAAAUAAAGGAAGAAUAAUUUUUAGUUUCUUUUUUACAAAUACAAUCUUUAUUACUUUUGUUUCCGUCCAACAAAAUCAACAAAACAAAAAGAUUCAAUACAUGUAUGUAAAUACCUAAUCAAUUUGUAAUCAGAGCUGUACAUAGAAAACUGAAUGCAACAUGUAGAUUUUUUGUCCUUGCACUCCAUUAUAUUGUGCACAUUAUUUUGUAAGGUAAUAAAAGUAUUUUACAGAACCAGAAUUCCAAGUGUUAUUCUUCGAUGUUACAAAUAAGUCUUUCAAUUGGGAAGAAAGA